UAAAUAGUUAGUAUGUCUUUUUUUUAGAAAAUCAAAACAUGGAUUUACAAAACGCAAACCCAACAAUAUAUGAGAAAUCGAAAGAAAGAGAUAUAACUGAAAGAGAUGGAGAUGAAAAUGUGUAUGAUGAGAUUGAUGCGAGAGAAAUAUUUGAUAUGGUUCGCUCUAUAAAUGAUCCUGAACAUCCGCUUACUCUAGAGCAGCUAAAUGUCAUUGAGGAAAAGAACAUAAGUGUUGAUGAUGCAAAAAGCUUGCUGCAAAUCCACUUCACACCAACUAUUCCACACUGUAGUAUGGCAACGCUAAUUGGACUUUCUAUAAGAGUACUUCUUCUGAGAUCUCUUCCUGCACGAUACAAGGUCGAUGUUCGUAUUUCUCCUGGAACUCAUGUGUCAGAACUAGCAGUAAACAAACAGUUAGCAGACAAAGAACGAGUUGCAGCGGCGUUGGAAAACAUUCACUUAUUAACAGUGAUAAAUCAAUGUCUAGCAGUUAAACAUCACUAGAACUCCAAAAGUGUUUAUUGCGGAACAGCGAUAGCAAAGUUAGAGGGAAGCUGCUACAUCAAAGACAUUUCCAAAGAUGAGCGUUAGUUAAGAAAGAAGAUUAUACACAUCAUCAUACUUAAAAUGUAAAAACAGGACCUGCGAACCUUGAUACUAAUUUGCAGACUAUUUUUUGCAAUAACUUAACUUUUUUUUGGAUAAUAAUUAUGUCUGGAAUUGUUACGCAUGUUUUUGGAAGCGGAUAUCGUGAAUUGCGAGUGCGCUGGUUAAUUAGCUGCAAAACAUAUUUCGAUCACCACAACACAAGAAAUAAAUGAUGAGGUCAACAUCCUUGGGGUAUUACAAACAUAAUACUUAUUUUAAAUUCUUUGUAGUAAAGUGUUUCCAAAAAUAAACACCAAUAAAAUGGUUGCAUCUUAGCUUUGAGAAUUACAUCCGUACAUUCCGUAUAUUUUUCUAUAUUAUCUUCAUAGUUCUUUUGUUUAAUUAAAAGCGAUUUUUCAAUUGUUUUUGCGUUUCAAGGCUUCUUUUAUUUUU